GCGUUCCAACUUUGCGCGCAGUGUAUUCGCUGUGUUAAACGUCUUUAGACAUACCUUUUUUUGUGCUCUCCAUUUUCGUCAUUCGUUAGUAGUCAUCUUUUUUUCUUUCCUCUUGUUUUAUUUUAAUUUCUUCUUCUUCUUUUUUUUUCAAUUUAAUCGUGAUGUACACGUCUAUAUAGUUUCUAUCAGUUUAUACGUGUUACAUGUGUAUUUAUUGUUUAUCUAUUUAUUUUUUACACUCUUUUUCUUACUUUCACCUAAUCCUUCCGCUUUUUGGAUUCUAUUUAUUUACUUUAAUUUCUCAAGCAAUUCUGACAAUCUUUAAACAUACAUCUCCUGUUUUAUAAUAAUUCGCUGUUAUUGUGUAUCAGAAAGAAACGAAAUGGAGAGCCGACUUCAAAAUAAAAAUGUCAAGGACGAGAUGAUUGGAGGAACACAGCAAAAUGAAAAUAAUAAAAGAUCUCCAAUGACGUUAAAUGUGAGCGGAUUGUGGGAUGUUGUUCCUCGUAUGGACCAUUACAGAUUAAGUCGUCGUGCGAAGAGGCCAUCUUUGUGUACUUUGCACGAGGGAAAUUUGAUAAAGGAUACAAAUGUUGAAGCAGGACAAACUGGGACAACAUCGCAAGUUUAUACUGGUGGAAUUAAAUUAGGAUGGAUCCAAGGAGUUUUAAUACCAUGUCUUUUAAAUAUAUGGGGUGUUAUGCUUUUCCUAAGACUCUCAUGGGUUGUAGCACAAGCUGGAAUAUUACAGAGUACGAUCAUUAUAGGAAUAUCAGCUGCGGUGUGUGUUAUUACAACAUUAAGCUUAAGUGCAAUUAGCACUAAUGGCGAAGUAAAGGGAGGUGGCAUAUAUUUUAUCAUCUCUCGAUCACUCGGACCUGAGUUUGGUGCAUCUGUUGGAAUAGUCUUUGCAUUUGCGAAUGCAGUUGCAGCAUCCAUGAACACUAUUGGUUUCUGUGAUUCCAUGAAUGAUUUACUCAGAGAACAUAAUCUUAAAAUUAUAGAUAAUGGAGUACAAGAUGUUAGAAUUAUUGGUACUAUUGCUCUUAUAGUGAUGAUAUUGAUUUGUGCUAUUGGCAUGGAAUGGGAAUCAAAGGCUCAGAACUUUCUUAUUGCAGUCAUCAUAGCUGCUAUUUUUGAUUUUUUAAUUGGUACUAUCAUUGGCCCAAAAAAUGAAGAACAAAUCUCUCACGGAUUCAUUGGCUUUUCGUGGGAAGUUUUUAAAAGCAACUGGGGCUCGGAUUAUCGAUUUUCUGAGAACAACAAUCAAACAUUUUUUUCAGUUUUCGCAAUAUUUUUUCCUUCGGUAACUGGUAUCCAAGCUGGUGCAAAUAUUUCGGGAGAUUUGAAAAAUCCAGGAAAAAGUAUACCCAUUGGAACACUCUUAGCUCUCUUAAUAUCCAUGAUAAGUUAUGUCACUUUUGUGUAUUUUGCUGGUGGAGCAGCUUUGAGAGAUGCAAGUGGUAUCAUUGGAUUGAAUGGUACUCUUGAGUGUAUAUCUCAAAAUAAUUGUUUAUAUGGACUUCAUAACAGUUAUUCGGUCAUGCAAUUGAUGUCACUUUGGGGACCGCUCAUUUAUGCUGGUUGUUUUGCUGCAACACUUUCAACGGCCUUAACUAAUUUAUUAUCAGUACCAAGAUUAAUCCAAGCAUUAGGUCAAGAUAGAAUAUAUCCUGGAUUAAUAUUUUUUAGUAAAGGAUAUGGAAAAUCUGGUGAACCAUACAGAGGAUAUGCACUUACGUUUGUUGUUGCGUUUGUAUUCCUUAUGAUAGCCAAUCUUAAUGUAGUUGCACCAUUAAUAUCAAAUUUUUAUUUAGCUUCCUAUGCUCUUAUUAAUUUCUGCGCAUUUCAUGCUGCACUCAUACGACCACUAGGUUGGCGACCUACUUUUAAGUAUUACAACACUUGGUUAUCUCUAUUUGGCUUCAUUGUUUGUGUAAGCAUUAUGUAUUUCAUCGACUGGAUAACUUCACUAGUAACAUUUGUUAUUAUCUUUGCAUUAUAUCUGAUAGUUGUAUAUCGUAAACCAGAUGUUAAUUGGGGUAGCAGUACUCAAGCGCAAACUUAUAAAACUGCAUUAUCUAUUGUAUAUAGACUGAAUUCUAUAGAUGAACAUGUGAAAAAUUAUGCUCCACAAAUUUUGGCUCUUACUGGACAUCCUGGUACAAGGCCAGCUCUUUUAUACUUGGCAAAUCUUAUCACAAAAAAUAAUUCCUUGUUAAUCUCUGGGGAGAUAUGUCAAACUCGUUUGUCUUAUCGAUUACGAUCAGUACAUUUAAGAAAUGGAUAUGCUUGGUUGCAAAGACAUAGAAUCAAAUCUUUUUACCAUGUUGUAGAAGAUUUAAAUUUAGAAAGAGGUGCAUCGGCAUUGAUGCAAGCUACAGGAGUAGGAAAAUUAUCUCCAAAUGUUGUCUUAAUGGGUUAUAAAACUCAUUGGUCAACUUGUAAUCAUAAAGAUCUUCAAGAAUACUUCAACGUACUUCAUAAUGCAUUCGAUCACAAAUUGGCUGUUACAAUUCUACGUAUUGAAGAUGGUUUAGAUUGUUCUGAAGUAACUUCUACUGUAGUAGACGAAGAACAUGGAACUCUAGCACAAAGUAGUUAUGAUUUAACUGGUUCUACGUUGAUGCAUGCUGAUAGUGAUCUCUCUAUGAGUAGUCAAAUACCAAGAGUACAAAGUGUACCAACUAUAGGAACACAAUUUAAUUCAGUUGAGGGACCAAAUGUAAUUAAAGAAUCUCCCACUCAUUGGAGUGCACGUGAUCACAUCAAGCAAAAGAAAAAACAAGCUACUGAUAAGUUACUCUCUGAAAAACGAAACGGAAUGCCAGUGCUACCAGAACAUAUGACAAUUUUCCAAAAAAAACAUAAGAAAGGUAUAAUUGAUGUAUGGUGGCUUUACGAUGAUGGAGGUCUAACAAUUCUUUUGCCAUAUAUCAUUAGUACUCGUACUAAUUGGGAACAUUGUAAAAUGAGAAUCUUUGCUUUGGCUAAUCACAAACAAGAUAUUGAGGCUCAAGAAAAGGAAAUGGCUGAAAUAAUGGCUAAAUUUCGAAUAAAAUAUACUAGUUUAAAAAUGGUAGAUGACAUCAGUAUUUCUCCUCGACAGGAUACUCAAGAUUUCUUUGACAAACUUAUAUCUGAUUUUCGAAGAAAUGAUGCUUCUGAUAAUUCAGAGUGCUGUGUCACUGACCUUGAAUUACACACAUUACGUGACAAAACUAAUCGACAAUUAAGACUACGAGAAUUACUAUUGGAAAAUUCAAGUCAGUCGACACUGGUAGUAAUGUCAUUACCAAUGCCAAGAAAAGGGGCAGUAUCAGCACCAUUAUAUAUGGCGUGGUUAGAAGCGCUAACUCGUGACAUGCCACCAACGCUAUUAAUAAGAGGAAAUCACACUUCGGUAUUGACAUUUUAUUCGUAGUCUAUAAAUGAUCAAUUAGGUUUAUUGAUAUUAGUAUUAUUAAUUGCUUAACCUGUAUGAUGUUUAGAAAAGAACUUUUUAGCUAACAUCAUAUCUGACAUAAGUAGACAGUAUUUUCUAAGACAUUAAUGCCAAAUCUCUCUCUUGACAAUGUGUGUCUUACACAUCUCUUUUUAUCUCUUCUCUUUUUUAUAUAUUACUAUGUACUUAUUAUUAUUAUUAUUAUUAUUAUUAUUAUUAUUAUUAUUAUUAUAAUUUAUCUUAUACAAAAAGAAAAAUUGAACUUUGAAAGAAGGUAAAUUAUACGAAAGUACAAUUUUUAAAUAGAUAAUGUAAUUAUAAAUUAUAUAAUAACAGUUUACGUACCGAAGGGUUUUCAAAAAACACGAUUGAAAGAAGCUGAACAGCGUGAUACUGCUUCGUCAAUUAAAUGUCACAAAUGCCGAAGGUCACAAUUGCGUACCUUUAAUUAAUGGUCGACAAUGGUAAAAGCGUGCCGUCAGUUGUCUUUAUCGACGAAAUGCGCUGACUUUUUUGACAAGAAAUUUGAGGAGCGCAAAAGUGGCUCAUGUGGUACUUAAACAGAUCAAUUAAUUAUUAUAUAAUUUAUAAUCGACGACAAAUAUUAAUUAACGACAAUAUCGAUCAUAAAUAGUAGAUAGAUAUUUGCAGUACAAUAAAAUACUUGUACUUAAUUGGCUUAACAUAGUUGGAAUUUAGAGUACCGCGUUAAAAAUGUAUUAUCAAUGCAUGUAUUUCAUGCAUAUCGUUCUAUAACAAAUUUUUCUAUUAGUAUUUAUAUAGUAUUUAUGUACGAUAAUGGCCAUUUACACUUCUAUAGUCAUUAUAUAGUUGUACGAACUUUGAAAAUUUCGUAUAAAAAAGAAAAAGAAAAGAAGAUACUUUUAUUCUCUCAAUAUUUUCAUUAUUUUUAUUAUGAUAAGCAUAUAAAUAAGUUACUUUUUUCAAAAAAUUUAGUUACCAUUGUACUAAUCCCAUUUUGUUCCUUAAACACUCUAUGGUAUAAAAUGUACAGAAUAUUUUAUCGGCAGUCUUAUUAUUUAUAACGCUUGCAUAUAUAAGAUAUCA